AUGGUUCAGAUCAAGCGCAUCCAGGAGACCGGGGCGUCGGACCCGAUCCUGACCCGCAUCUCCGAGGAGGACAAGGUGCCGUGGUACCAGAAGCCGAACCUGCGGUACCUCUACUUUAUGCUCUUCCCGACCUGCAUGGGCAUCGAGUUGACGUCGGGCUUCGACUCGCAAAUGAUCAAUGCUCUGCAGAUCGUGCCCUCCUGGAAAGAAUACUUUGGUGACCCGCAAGGCAGCCUGAAGGGCAUUAUCGCCGCCGCCUACUCGCUUGGCGCCAUCUUGUCCCUUCCUUUCAUCCCCGUCGUCAACGACAAGUUCGGACGGCGAUGGUCCAUCUUUGGCGGCAGCGUGAUCAUGGUCAUCGGCGCCCUCAUCCAGGGGUUCUCUCAGCACGUCGGCAUGUACAUCGUUGCACGCAUGAUUCUCGGCUUCGGUAUCCCGACCUGUAUUGUCUCCGGCUCAUCCCUCAUCGGCGAGCUCGGUUACCCCAAGGAGCGUCCUAUUCUCACGUCUCUGUUCAACGUUGCCUACUUUGUCGGUCAAAUCACGGCUGCCGGCAUCUGCUUCGGCACCAACAACAUCGAAAGUGACUGGGCGUGGCGCAUCCCGUCCCUCCUCCAGAUCUGCCCGUCCCUCUUACAGAUCACCUUCGUCUUCUUCCUCCCCGAGAGCCCUCGUUGGCUCAUCACCCAGGAUCGCGCCGAGGACGCGAACGAGAUCCUCAUCAAGUACCACGCCGAGGGCGACCGCGACUCCGAGUUCGUCAAGGCCGAGAUGGUGCAGAUGAAAACUGUCAUCACGCUCGAGAUGGAGGCCUCGAAGCACUCGUGGAUGGACAUCCUCGACACCUCCGGCAUGCGGCGCCGCGCUCUCAUCUCGGCGAUGCUUGGCCUAUUUACCCAGUGGUCCGGCAACACGCUCAUAUCAUACUACCUCGGCGACCUGCUCGAGAUGAUCGGUUUGACAGACUCUACCGUCAAACAGAAGAUCAACCUCGGCAUCGCGGGCUGGUCCCUCAUCUGCGGUUUCACCGUGGCCAUGCUCGUCCGGACGUUCCGCCGUCGCGUCAUGUAUCUCGCCUGCACCAUCUCACUGCUUCUGUGCUACAUCGCGUGGACCAUCUCCAUGGAGCGCGCUGUCCACGCCCUCGACAACGACUACAAGAACGAGAGCGCGUCGGUGGCGACCAUCUUCUUCAUCUUCAUGUACUCGCCCUGCUACAACAUCGGCUACAACGCGCUGACUUACACGUACCUCGUCGAGCUGUGGCCCUACGCGCUGCGCUCGCGCGGCAUCUCGCUCUUCCAGCUGUUCGGCCGCCUGGCGGGCUUCUUCACCACCUUUGUCAACCCCAUCGGCAUCGGCAACGCCUCGUGGCGCUACCUCAUCAGCUACUGCUGCUGGCUCGCCUUCGAGGUCGUCUUCGUCUACUUCAUGUUCCCCGAGACCGCGGGCCGCACCCUCGAGGAGCUGGCCUUUUUAUUCGAGGACAAGGCCCUCGCCGACCAGGCCGUCGGCGCCGUCGAAAAGGCCAUCCACCAUGAGGACAUGGACCCUGUCGGGGAGGUCAAGAGCGGUGGCGGCAGGGCAGAGGUCGUGGAAAACGUUGGCGCCAGGUCCAAGGUCUGA